UUUAAGAGGAUAAGAAAGAAAAAUUAAGCAAAGCACAAAAUCGUGGAUGCAUUGGCAUCAGGAAAACCGUGCAACCAACCCCACACACGCACCAUACCUCGUUUUCUUUCUCUUCACUUCCACUCAUUGCAUCAAAUUCUCUUUUCCCUUUACUUUUUCUCAAGCACCCAAAUUUUUGUUUUCAAUUUCUUCCCCUUUUCUCUUUUGUGUAAUCCAAUAAAGUAAGAAACUUUCCCAAACACAAACCCACCACUGUGCCACCUUCGUUUUUUUGUUUUUCCCUUCACUUUCUCAGCUGCCCAAGAAAGCUUCGAUGACGAUGAUUCCAUGGGGUGGAAUCAGUUGCUGUUUGAGUGCAGCUGCUCUAUACCUCCUUGGCAGAAGCAGUGGCAGGGAUGCUGAGCUUCUUAAAUCUGUAACAAGGGUCAAUCAAUUGAAGGAGCUGGCACAACUGUUAGAUGCGGAAAUCUUACCCUUGGUUGUUAGCAUUUCUGGGAGAGUCAGCUCUGAAACCCCAAUUCACUGUGAGUUCAGUGGUUUAAGAGGAGUAAUAGUUGAAGAAACGGCAGAGCAACAUUUUCUUAAACACAAUGAUGCUGGUUCAUGGAUACAAGAUUCUGCUUUAAUGCUAUCCAUGAGUAAAGAAGUUCCUUGGUAUCUGGAUGAUGGAAGUGACCGUGUGCAUGUGGUAGGAGCCCGUGGUGCCACAGGAUUUGUAUUACCUGUUGCAAGUGAGGCGUUUGAAGAGUCCGGUAGGUCACUUGUACGUGGUACAUUGGAUUAUCUCCAAGGUCUCAAGAUGCUUGGGGUCAAGAGAAUCGAACGGGUACUUCCAGUUGGGACUUCAUUGACUGUCGUUGGUGAGGCUGCUAAAGAUGACAUUGGGACUAUUCGAAUUCAGCGACCCCACAAAGGGCCAUUUUAUGUCUCUCCCAAAACACUUGAUCAGCUUAUCGCAAAUCUGGGGAAAUGGGCAAGAUGGUAUAAAUAUGCGUCUAUGGGCUUGACACUAUUUGGUGCUUACCUAAUAGCUAAGCAUGCUAUUCGGUUUAUCUUGGAAAGACGGCGUCGUUGUGAACUGCAAAAAAGGGUUCUCGCGGCCGCUGCUAAGAGACAAGGACAAGAUAAUGAAGGUGAAAAAGCUGACACCUCACCAGACGGCAUGAAAAGGGACCGUUCAAUGCCAGACUUGUGUGUAAUAUGCCUGGAGCACGAAUAUAAUGCUGUUUUCGUACCAUGUGGGCAUAUGUGCUGCUGUACUACCUGUUCUUCACACUUAACCAAUUGUCCUCUUUGCCGGCGGCGGAUCGAACAAGUAGUGAAGACAUGGAGAUGGUGAUUUGCUGAUUGAUGCUUUAUGCAUCCAAAAAUGUACAUAUCUAUCGUCAUCAGAUGAAGAAAAAGGGUUGUAACUUGUAUGUUUACUGCAAUAUAUUGUAUAUUGCUGUUGAUGUUUUCUACUUUGGUUACUACUAACAUGUAUGAUAUAUUCUCGUGAGACAUAUAAUAAUGUUUACAUAUAUGUACUUGAUAUAGGUUCAUC